CAGGGGAUGAACAAUCAAUACGUCCGCCGUGAAGUCUUCUGCCGGGACACCUGUCUCGAGCUCAAACGCUUCUGGGAAAAGGAAAUUGGCAAACAGACUUGCUACCGAGAAUGGGAGGAACAUCGCCUGGGGAGAAGUGCCCUGAGAAAACUCAGAGAAGAAUGGAAGCAGAAGGUGGAAACAAGGCUGGGGCUGCGGAACAACCCAGAGGAGACUGGAAAGCGUGCAAAUGUUGGCUGA